CUCAAAAUGUGGAAGAUAAGAGAAUUAACCGAUAAAGUUACCAAUGUGGUUAUGAACUAUUCUGAGGUGGAAACCAAAGUAAGAGAAGCAACAAAUGAUGAUGCAUGGGGUCCACAUGGAACAUUGAUGCAUGAAAUAGCUCAGUAUACAUAUCAGUAUGAAAACUUUCCAGAAGUAAUGGGUAUGUUGUGGAAGAGAAUGUUACAUGAAAAUAAAAAGAAUUGGAGAAGAGUAUAUAAGUCACUGAUCCUGUUAUCAUAUUUAAUAAGAAAUGGAUCUGAGAGAGCUGUAACUAGUUCUAGAGAACAUAUAUAUGAUUUAAGAGCGUUAGAAAAUUACACAUUUACAGAUGAACAUGGUAAAGAUCAAGGGUUAAAUGGUGAGUACUUCAUUGUCAAAUUUAUUAUUCUUUGGAUCCAUAUUCUUCUACUGUGUUGA